AUGGCGGGCGAGCAGCAGCAGCAGGCGCCUGCGGACAGCGCCGUCGGCAAGAGCGGCGUUUCUUCUGCGUCCCCCUCCAGCGGAGGCAGCGGCGUGCAUGCGUUCGCGCCGCUGCCGUUCGACGAAAGCCUCGUGGCCGCUCUGAGCGGCGCGGCCGCGCCCUCCAGCGGCGCCGACGCGCAGACCACCGCGUCUUCAUCCAUGACGGGGACCAAGUCGGCGGCCGACUUCUUCCUGGACCAGAUCGCCGCCGUCGUGUCGGACGAGAAGAAGCUCUCGGACAAUAUUAUGGACUUGAUCCCGCCUGUGGAGGCGCCUGUGAGUCAAGCGGUGACCCAGGGACUGAGUGCUGGAUUGACGUCCACCGCCAUGUCCAUUGGGAUGCCACUGCAGCCUCCGCCUGGACUUAUGAUGCGCGCGCUUUCCCCGCCGACCUCGUUGUUGCCGGACUUUGGAGACGUGACCCCGCUGUCGCUGCUGGGUGACGCGACAGUGUCAGCGGUAGGCACGAGUUCAGGCGCGAUUGCGAUGCCGGCGUCCAUGGCGGCGCCGGCCACUACGACGGUGACUACUGCGGUGAAACGCGAGCUUCCGGUUGUGAAGCCCGCGGUUACAGGUAUUACAGCGGCGAUGCGGAGAAAAGCGGAGCUGGCGACGGCUGCCAGUGUGACUCACAAGAAGCAGAAGACGGAGAACAUUAAGCCGGAGCCCGUGGUGAAGGCCGCCACCCCGACGCCGGUCUCAGUGCACCAGCAGAUCCAGCAGCAACAGGCCCGGCAUCACCUUCACAAUGCCAGCAACCCGUUGGGAGCUUCAGCGGCUGCGGCUGCCGCAGCUGCUGCAGCAGCUCGUGAAAAAGUGAUGAAGGAGCCGCAGUCAGGCGAUUUGUACGAGUGCGUGAUCACGAAGCGAAAUGGAGGACUUGGGCUUACGUUAGCGUGCGUGGACGACCACGUUCAGAUUACAGGACUCGCGCCGGAUACGCCCGCAGCAAACAGCGGUAUCUGCGUUGGUGACACGCUUGUGGCUGUAUCUGGGUUGCCCGUGCGAGGACUUCAAUUUUCGACUGUUAUUGGUCGCCUCAAAUCUACGUCGCGAAACUCGGUUGUACUCAAGCUGCGUCGCAAUCCUUUUCGACAGAAUGCUGGAAAUUCCGCUUCGUACAGAGGGAUUAAGCGUCCAGGUCGGGGCGUCAUCAAAGGAGCCGAUAGCAGCAACAGCGCGAAUGUGCUGUCUAGCAAGACCAUGGCACUGGAGACACGGUUAGGCGGCGGUCUAGGAAAUGGUCUGAAUGGAUCGGCAGGAACAUUGGCUGGCGCGGCGAACAGCUUGCACAACGGCAACGCUGGCGCUGGUCUCGAUGAUCUUCACCGCUCACAUCACCAGGGCGUCACUGGCUUUGCGAAUCACGCAGCAGGUCUUCAUGCACAGCACUUGCAGAUGCAGCUGAAGUCGGAGCCCAUGAACUCGACAUAUUUCCCCACAGAUGCUUCGGUACUCACAAUGGGAGCUACUGUGCCCGGGUCCAGCACCACUGGAACUGUGCCGCCCAGUUCUCUCGCCCCAACGUCCACAAUACCAAGCGAUGCACAAACGGGCUUGCGCGUCAGUAUCGAAGAGAAGGACAGGUAUUUUGCUGAAUGCCGCGCUCUUCGGCAUGAACUGGGCAGGGCUAUGGUGGCGCAACGGAUUCAGAAGCGGGAUACGGAGGCUUACACGUCCAAGCUGCAGGCAGUUGUGGACAAGUUUGAGAAGGACGUGCAAUCUCUGCUUCCCACCGAUGAGCUUGCAGCACUGCGUCAGAAGCUUGUGGAGGCGAACAAGGCGCUAGCGAAGCAGCAGACCGAGAUGCUAGCUCUACAGGAGCGGGAAGCAAGACAUGCGCUGCCGGAAGCCCAGCGCGUAAAGUGGCAGCUCGUGUCUCACAUGCGGAAGAGCGUGCUUCAGGUUGACUGCAAGACGGCAUCAAAGUUGGCCUCCACCCCCGCUGUGAAGAAGGUCGGUGUAUCCUCCGGACCGACGUUGACGUUCGAAGAGCGGCUGGAAGGUGUCCGUCCGAGCGCGUUCGCCCUGUUGGUCGGCCCGAGCAGCGUAAAACCUGAGUCGCCGGUGGUCGAGGUUGAUCUUGAUGCCAAGGCAUCCACAGAGGUGAGAAGAGCUUUGUUGAUGUGA